UUCCAGUUACUGUUUUGUUAGUGCACAUUGAGAAUAAUGAAUUAUUAUUUUAUAAAUGUUUCCAUACUCUGACAUGCACUUCUUUUCAUGUGGCAGAGUUGCUAUUAUGUUCCACCAUCCCUUCGUCCCAAACUAACGACUGCUAGGACACCACCAUUUGCUGGAACAAGGGGAGCGUUGGAGCAGCAAUCUGCUAGAAAGGUCUCUAGGACUUUAUCCAGUGCAAAGCUCACUAGCAGUUUUCCUUCUCCAAAGUUGCAUGCUUCUAUAGGCACAGGUGUGCAGCGCAAAUUGGAUAUGGCUAACCAGGAUGCUAAAAAGAAUGAUAAAUACUUGAAGAGCUCUGCCAAUCAACAAAAAUAUCGGCCCCCUGGAAAGAGUAGUCCUAGUGAGUGGAUGCAUUAUGUUGAAUAG